CUGAUAGCGCGAUAACAUCUAAAAGGUCUCCGGCCCGUUGUACGCAUAUAAAAGGUUGAUCUCUGUGAUCGACUUGUACUCGCAUCCGUCCAUGCAGUCCAUGGUCCUCGCCUUUUUUUGGUCUCUAAAAUCCAACCGUGAGGUCAGUAAUUUGUCAGGCACCCCAACCAUCAACUAACAAUUACCGGCGGGAGAUUGAGACUCCUGCCACGCUUUCUCUUCGAGACGACUCGGCAAAAUGAACGAUUCAGAGAAAGACAAUAAAUCCUCGAUCAUUGAGAACCCUCUUUAUAGCGAAGGGCUGAAUGGAGAGGCCGAGCGGGACCUGGACCCCGAAACCAGACUGCUGAUGGAGAGUUUGCGAAAGCGACACGUGGAAAGACGACAAACGCUCGUGGGGAUUCACAUGUCCUACGAUCGUCUGGAUGCUGUGGACGCAUUCGAAAAUGAUAGCAUAAGCUCUAUGGAUGAAAAGUAUGAUAGCGACGAGAAAGUGGUGCGAGGAUCCAAGCCUCAGAUACUAAACAAAGCAGUGCUUUCUGGUGAUCAUGUGACUGUGACCAAAUUUCUCGACCGAAAAGUCGAUGCCAACUUGCCCGGUCAGUUUGGUAGGACGCCGCUUCACAACGCAGUGCUUAAAGGCGAUAUGCGUAUGGUCAAGCUCUUGCUAAGUCAUGGUAGAGCUGACGUGGGUUGCCGGGACGACAGAAAUGAUACGCCACUCCAUUUCGCGGUGCGUGCCGGGAACGAAGAGAUCGUGCAGGUGCUUUUGAAGGUGUCUGACUGCGAUGUUAACGCCAAGAGUGCAAGUGCUCGCACUCCACUCCAUCUGGCUGCCAGUCUCGACAAACCCGAAAUUUGUACCACAUUGUUAGAAUCCAAUGCGUCGUUUGACACUAGAGACGACCAGGGCAAAAUACCGUUGGGCGUGGCUAUGGAAUGUGGGGCGGCUAACUCUGCCCGGGUCCUCCUCAAGUACAUCGGUCAGAUGCAGUUGGACGUCGAGAAAUUUCUCUACGACGCGGAUCUGGAUGGAAGCACUCUCCUCCAUCUUGCUGUGGACAGCGGAUUUACUAGUGUUGUUAGUUUGUGCCUUGAGUAUGGAUCACGGAUUAGAGAGCCGAAGCGCGUGGAUCGGUUGACAGCGUUUCACUUAGCGUGCGAACAGGGUGCCGCAAACAUCGUCAAGUUACUUCUCAAGGAAGAUCCGGGGGUGGCAAAGAUCCUGUUGGUAGACAAAGACGGCUCCACACCGCUACAUAACGCGGCCAAAAGCAACAAUCGCGCAAUAGUGGAACUACUCAUUGAACAGGGGGCGAAUGUGAACGCUCGCAACGGCUUGAAUGUAACACCGCUGAUGUUAGCUGCGUCAACGGGCUCAGCUGAUUCGGUUCACUUGUUGAUGGAGAAGGGAGCAGACACCACCGUCAAAGACAUUGAUGGCCGAACAGCGGUGUUUAACGCAGUCGGGCACGGGGCGACUAUGGAAGUGUUACUCCAGGACAAGUCUUUGGUCCCUCUUCUUACGGAGAAAGACGCGCUUGGCUUUGCCCCCCCUCACUACGCAGCUAAGUGCGGAGACAUCACAAGUAUUCGACUGUUCCUGGAGCAUAACAAGAUGGCAGGCAGUGUCCUGUCCGAUUCUCAGGCCACGCCCCUCCACGUGGCAGCCCGACACAGUUGGCAUGACAUUAUUCACGCGCUUGUCGAUAAACAAGGCGGGAAAAUAGUGAACCUGCAGGACAAUCGCGGGCGCACUCCACUACACUACGCGGCUGCUGUCAGCGCAAAUCGGUCAGCAGCCAUUCUGUUACGCCACGGGGCCUCUAUACUCAGGGAUCAAAACUUCAGAACUCCGCUUCAUGAGGCAGCCAUCAAGGGCUCCAAAAAGAUCGUUGAAGCAAUAAUUGAGAAACACAUUUAUUGUUUGAAUUACGUCGAUGAAGACAAGAACACAGCUCUUCACCUGGCCGCCAUUCACGGUCACGCACGCCUCGUUUCGGUGUUGCUCUCACUUCCGGAACAAGAAGUGCUUUUGAAUUCGUCCAAUCAGAACAUUUUGGAUGCUUCCCUGGAAAUGGACAUCAAGCCGGUUGUGCUUGCUAUCAUUGAACACGAUAGGUGGCGAGAAGUGAUGACGUCAUGUAACGCAGGGACUACAGCAACUCUUAUCCGAUUGGUGGAGAAAAUGCCGGAUGUGAUGGAGCGUUUUCUUAACCAGUGCAUACAGACAGAAGGGGAUUCGCACAGCAGUGAUUACAAGAUUAAAUACGACUUGAGUCUGAUCCUGAGCAAACCUACAAAGAAAAACAAGGGAACUCUUGAAGUACUUAAGGCAAUGGCGGAUAACCGUCAGGACAAAUGUUUAACCCAUCCUCUGUGUUUUGUCUUGCUUAGUAAGAAAUGGAGGAUGUAUGGCUCGGUGGUGUUUGUCCUAAACUUACUGAUGUAUCUGGCCUUUCUAAUCCCUUUGACGUUUUUGCACAUUGAGCUCGAGGAGGGCGACGCGAUCUUCUGCCCCGAGCGCGUGAAUAACACAGCUACAGGGCUCAUUUACCUCAAGAAUUAUAAGGCGAUCUGCCAUAGAAGGUUCCCGAGAUUGCAAUAUAUGCAGUACUGGCUUAUCUUAUUUACUUGUCUUCAUAUCUUGAAAGAGGCGCUGGCUUUCUAUAUCCAGGGCAUGCGCUAUGUUUCCUCCCCGUCGAACAUUCUGGAUCUAUCUGCAUACUGCGCUGCCAUCUUCUCUAUCGUGCCGACCUGCGAAUGCAAGUGGGGGCGGCAAAAGGAGGCGGCAGCGAUAGCCAUGUUCUUUGGUUGGCUUGUUCUCAUUUUGCACCUGCGAAGGUUAUCAUUUUACGGCAAAUACGUCAUCAUGCUGUACCGCAUGUUCGUCACGCUACUUAAGGUCCUGGUGUUAUUUGCCUUCUUCGCUAUGGCAUUUGGCACCACAUUCUUUCUACUUAUUGACCAGGAACCGAUGUUCACGACCUUGCCGACGGUGCUUAUGUCGAUGUUUAUCAUGACGCUUGGAGAACUCAACUACGCGGACAACUUCCUGCCAUUCGGGAAGCAAUACUACAAGGAGCUUGCUAACAUAUUUAUGAUACUGUUUUGCCUAGCAAUGCCGAUCAUCAUGAUGAAUAUGCUGGUUGGUCUAGCUGUUGGAGAUAUCGACAAAAUCGAGAAAAACGCUUUGAUCGAUAGAUACGUGAUGCAGGUUGACAUGUUGCGGGACAUCGAGGGCGCCUUCCCUUACCGCUUACUCCGCCGCAUCCACAUGAAGCAGUACACGGAGUACCCGAACGGAACACCGCCAUUAUUCUCUCGUAUAUUUGAAUCACUACUCGGUUUUGGUGGAGCGGAAGAUGAGGAAGACCUGGGUACUAGAGAUGAGUUUGUGAAAGACUUUGAGGAGAUCAAGGUCAAAAUGGACGAACAUUCAAACGAGUUGGAAGAAAUUAACGAUACUCUUAAAACAGUCCUACACAUGCUACAGAACAAUAACCAGGAAGAAGUCAGGUCGGUUAGCUCAGUUACCGCAGACGAUCUCCGGCAAACAAUGUCGUCUAUUCUCAGCAUCCCCAGGCAAAGCAUCAUGGGACUGUCCGGUCUGUCAUUUGGUGGCAGGCCGCCACCAAGAGCAUAGUUUGGCUAAUUUCAAAGUAUAUCGGUAUUUGCAGUAAGGAGCUGGCUGUUUUGGAAGGUUCACAGUUCACUAUUCAUGGUACAAUAACAAUAACAAUAACAAUAACAAUAACAAUAACAAUAACAAUAACAAUAACAAUAACAA